UGUGCUGUAAUUGUUAAUUUGUUUUUAUUUAUCAUUCAUAAACAUAAAAACGGAUGUACCUGUAAGAUACUAAAUAAUAUUAUUCAGGCGUAAAUUUACUCAUUGUUGAUGUCACUAAGCGCCGACUAGGCGAUUUACUUCGCCCAGCAUCUUCCUUUUGAAAAGUGAAAAGAUCAUGACUGAAGAGGCCUUUGACGUGAUUGUGGUUGGUUCUUGCAUGACUGACUUGGUCAGCCAAUCGCCAAGGCUACCCAAAGGAGGGGAAACCAUCCACGGUCACAACUUCUUCAUGGGCUUUGGAGGAAAAGGGGCCAACCAGUGCAUACAAGCUGCAAGACUCGGGGCUAAAACCACAAUAGUCGCAAAGGUUGGUAAAGACUCCUUUGGAGAUAGUUAUAUACAAAAUUUCAAGGACAAUGGCGUGCACACGGGCUUUGUUGGACAGACAUCUUGUGCAGCCACUGGCGUUGCCUCCAUCAUUGUCACCGAUGCAGGUGAGAACGCCAUUGUGAUCGUGUCUGGUGCCAAUAUGUUGCUUAGGAAAGAGGGGGUUCAGGAUGCUCUUUCAGCCAUCAGUUCUGCAAAAGUAUUGGUUUGCCAGCUUGAGAUUUCCGCCCAAAUAUCUUUGCAAGCAUUACGGACGGCUCGAGACAAUAAAGUUACAACAAUCUUCAACCCAGCGCCAGCUAUCCCUGACUUGGAUCCUGAUUUCUAUCUCGUCUCUGAUGUGUUUUGCUGCAAUGAGUCAGAGGCUGAGCUGCUCACGGGUUCAUCUGUAAAUAACGUGGAGGAGGCGCAUUGGGCCGGCCGGGAGCUGCUGAGACGAGGAUGCAGAGCAGUUAUUAUCACCUUGGGAGCCCAAGGAUGUGUGGUGCUCAAGGCACAAGAGUCUACCGCGAAACACGUUCCAACAACGCCAGUCACCGCAGUGGACACCACUCUCCAAAAAGCUACAGAAGACAUCAACAUUGUACAGAUGAAAUCUCUGGCCGACUUUAUUGUCCGAGAGCAGAAGGUGACAGAAGACCCUUCUGCUUCUGCAGAACUGAAAUUCCAAAUGUUGAAAGUUGGAGGGGUAACCCUCAAGGAAAAUACUACAGGAUCUGGAUCGUGAAGCGAAACCACGAGGGUACCCUGAGUGAUGUACGAAGUGCGGCCACGCCAUGCCUGAAAUAUGCGCCUGACAGAUCCGGGCAGGAAAGAGGACAGCAGGAACCCACAUGGACAGUAAAUAUGAGAGACACACAGUUAAAGUUCACAUGGUGCAAUAUUAUAUUUUAUUUUGUUUUUAACAUAAUUUGAGCAAAAAGUUAUUUGUUCAAAAUGACAGAAAAAAAUUUGUUGUUCGAAAUGUUAAACAUGCAUGUAUUACUGUGGGCUGAAUAACCUAAUUGUUUUUAAUUGUCUGUAGUUUGAUUGAAAAACAGUUUGGUUUCCACACUGCAUAAUAAAGGUUUCAAUCUAUAAUGUUUUCAUGGCUCAAUUUUCAUGAAGCAUGGAAAUGUUGAUUGUAUGUGGGAUUGUCACGUUAAUGCAAUUUACGAAUGCAACGUAGAAGCAAUGUUGUUUCAGUUCUUUAGAACUUUCUUCAGAACACAGUUCUAUAGAACUGUUCUUGAGAACAAUUUCUUUAGAACAGUUCAAUAGAACUUGGGUCCAAAAGUUCUAUAGCAUUUCUAUAGAAUGUUUCUAUAGAAUUUGUUUAGAAAUGUUCUAUCGAAAAUUUUUUAGCAGGGGUUAGCACUGCGCUAGCAUGUUACUGCUGUGUCUCAGUGACUUUUUUUUUAACCGACCCUGUUAGCGUGGCGCUACCGUUAGCGUUAAACUCUCUGCGUACCCUCUUUCUUUAUUAAUAUCUCGUGUUUCAAUGUGGGCACUUGCAGCUUUUACACAGCUGCAGCGGUUAAACCUGUUGGUUUUUACACUCGCAGAUCCGUAAGUCAAGAGGUUCAGCUGAUUCUCAUGUGAAAUGGGAAAAACGGCCAAUCCUGAAGCAACUUCAUGCUCAGGUUGUAGACGGAUUUUAAAAAGUGAGGACAAACUGAAUGAUUUGUAUAGCAUGUCCCCAAAGUCAUUCACCACAGUAAAAAGGAAAAGGAGAAGAGUUUGCAACUACAAUGUUGUUACCAGAUAAACUAUUAGUUAGCCUAGCUUUAACCAUUUAUUCUUCACGCUCUACUACUCUUUGUUUUUCUGCGUAGUUUUUGCACUAAGUGACUUCUGUCAUCAUGCUUACCAGUCAGUCUUAAUACUGUAGCAAAUAUCUGGUUUUGGGGAAGAGCAUUGCAAUCGGUAGACAUAUUACGUGUUUGUCAUAUUGAGUACACCACACAAUAGAAGAGUAGUAUACACAUACGUGCCGAUUUUUUUCCUCAUCAUAUGUCGGGUAUUUCAUAUUUUUUAAGUGGUUAGGAUUUGAAGAAUCGGUUCCUUAUGCUUAUCUUGUCCAUGGUUAUGGAGAAACUGGAACCUAUCCUAUCUGACUUUGGGUGAGAAGUGAACUUGUCUGAGAUGUAAUUCAUCAAUAAAUGAAACAAAAUAUACAAGAAACGGUGCUGUGCAGCGUAAAAAAAAAACUUUUAUCCAUCUAUCAUAGUCUACUAGAUUUUUCAUGAUAGUUGUUGUCUUCUUCUUAAUUAAUUAAUAUUCAUUCUGACAAGAAUCAAGGCAAUUAUCAGUCAACCAAUCAAACAGCUCUCUGUCCUGUGCAAGUGUACCAAUAUGGUAUUGUUGCGACCAAGAGAUAAUGUUAUUUUUUACCAAUAUUAUAGGAACCUUCCUGAUGGAAAACCAAUAAUUUAUAGCAUCCCUUGGCCAUAUUGAGGCAUACCACAUGUUGCAAAAUGAUAUAAUCU